AUGGAUCAGGACAAGCAGGUCGAUUUACUGCAAGGGCACCUUGCUGCCACCCCGUCCAGCUCCGAGACCGAGGCAGCCGAAAGAAGUGUACCGAUCAAGCUUCAGGAAACCGACCGAGUUGGACAAUACCUGCUCACCACAGAAGAUGCCAAGCUGCUGAAAGAGGUUUUCCGGCGCAAUGCGUACUUGGAGAGGUCGGGAAUGACGGAGAAGCGUCGCUUUCGCUUUCGAGACCUGGAGUUCACCCGACAACUAAGUACCUUAGAUCGCCAGAACCCCAAGUUCACGUCCUCUCAGUUCCACGGCUUUUUCACUCUUUUCUGGCUGGGAGUGGCCUUGCUGCUAGUCAAGGUUGCGGCCAAUAACUGGAGAAUCUAUGGGACCAUCUGGGGCAAGAACGAGAUCAUCCGACUGAUGUUUCGUAAGGAUGUGCUGGUUCUGGGGUUGACCGAUUUAGUCCUUUGCUUGUCGACAGUGGUUUGUCUUGGACUUCAGCGAGUUAUCUGGCGCGGAUAUUUGCGUUGGAGUGGCCUUGGAUGGGUGGUCCAGAAUAUCUGGCAGACUGCAUACCUUGCGGGCUUUAUCUGGUGGACAUAUCAUCGUGAUUGGCCUUGGACACAUACCGUGUUCAUAGUCCUGCAUUGCUUGACGAUGCUGAUGAAACAGCAUAGUUAUUCAUCCUACAAUGGCUACUUAUCUGAAUUGUACAGCAAGCGUGACCUGUUGAUGACAAGACUUAAGCAGCUAGAGAAACAAAUCGAUCACCGUUCAGCAUCUACCGGGCAUACCUCCGCAGUGCACACCGACCUCGGUUCUGAGCUCACUCAUCUGAAGCGGCAGGAUGAUGCACAGCGCUCAGCGGACAUGGAAGACCUUCAUGGAACUCGCGACACUGACCAUAUCCUGUCGCUUGCUGAAACCAUCGAAAAUGGGACACCUCUAGAGCCCUCUCAGAUGAAAUCACUCAAAGCGCUCCUGGAACGGGAAAUUGAACUCUUGUCUGAAGGCCUCCGGGGUCAGUUCUCAUCCUCCAACCAUUACCCCCGCAACUUGACUCUGGGCAAUUUCUGCGACUUCAUUACCUUGCCCAUACUCGUCUAUGAACUUGAAUAUCCGCGGACAGAGAGAGUCAAUUGGUCCUAUGUUGCCGAGAAGACGGCUGCCACCUUCGGCACCAUCGUGGUCAUGAUUGUCGUUUCGCAAAAUUGGAUAUAUCCGGUCGUAAUGUCGACCCUGCGAAUGAAGGAGGAGGGGCUCACUGUACAGCAGAGGCUCCAGGAAUUUCCUUGGGUACUCAGUGACUUACUAUUUCCCUUCAUGAUGGAGUACUUGCUAGCUUUCUAUGUGAUCUGGGAGUGUGUGCUCAAUGCUCUGGCCGAGAUUACCCAAUUUGCAGACCGUGGCUUCUAUGCAGACUGGUGGAAUUCAGUCUCUUGGGACCAAUUUGCUCGCGACUGGAACCGUCCAGUUCACAACUUCCUGCUGCGACACGUAUAUCAUAGCUCUAUCAGCUCUUUCAAAUUGUCCCGGGUCUCUGCCAGCCUAGUGACAUUCUUCUUAUCGGCGUGCAUUCAUGAGCUGAUCAUGCUUUGUAUUUUCCGGCGCCUGCGAGGCUAUCUGCUCUUCCUCCAAAUGUCGCAGCUGCCGCUUGUCUCGUUAAGCCGGACGCGCCUUAUGCGUGGCCGUCGACUGAUAGGGAACAUCUUCUUCUGGCUGGGCAUUUUUACGGGGCCGAGUCUGCUUUGUACUUGCUGUUCUGUUGGUGUUAAGCAUGAAGGCGAGGCUAAAGGCCAGUUCCAACAGGUCGGCGAUGUUGAGGCAUACAUCUCGCACCCGGCUGAUCACUCUACUAAACGAGCCAUUCUUCUGCUCACUGAUGUGAUCGGACACCGAUUUAUCAACGCCCAGUUGAUUGCGGAUCAACUGGCAGCAAAUGGCUACUUCGUUGUCAUGCCGGACCUAUUCCACGGUGAUCCGGUCCCCCUCAAUCGACCAGAUGGGUUCGAUUUGAUGGCCUGGCUAAAGGGUCCACCCGGACAUCUGCCUGACCGUGUGGAGCCAGUGGUGCAGAUGGUGUUUGAGGAAAUGAAGUCCAGCCUAGGCUGUGAGCGUAUCGGUGCAAUUGGAUACUGCUUUGGAGCCAAGUAUGCUAUCCGUAUGCUCCAGCCCGGUGGCUGUGAUGUCGCCUAUCUGGCCCAUCCUAGCUUCGUUGAGAUCGAUGAGCUGGCAGCAAUCAAGGGCCCUCUGUCUAUUGCUGCAGCCGGUCAGUUUUUUGCCUUGUUCUUCAAACGUUUCUAUCUGGUCACUAACAAAGACAUCCGAAACACAGAGACCGACUCCAUCUUCCCUGCCCCGAAACGCCACGAAUCCGAGGAUAUCCUGGCCAAGACAGGUCAGCCGUAUCAGAUUAACCUGUUCAGUGGCGUGCAACAUGGGUUUGCCGUCCGAGGUGACAUCUCCAAGCCGAUCAUUCGAUUCGCUAAGGAGUCGGCCUUCACCCAGGCUGUGGCGUGGUUCAACCAGUAUCUUUAG